AUGGCUUCGAACCUCCCGCUCCCCAUUCCCCCGCGCACCCCCACCCCGCCAGCGGAUGAUCAACAUGCCUCCGAGAUCAACUCAGGGAUACCCAUCGAUCGCGAUUCCCUGUCGCCACUCAAUGCCUCAUUCCCAAAGGGUGUGAUGGACGUCGGGAGCAAAGACCGUUUAAGCCCUACGAAAUCAUCUUUCAACUUAAGUCCUGCGCCCGAAGACGCAGUGUCGCCGAUCGAAAAUGGCUCCAGCGACACGACUGCGGCGGGGCCGUUCAAUUUCAAUACUACUGUUAUGGCCAAGAGCCCAGUAGUGAAAUCGAACAUUGGACAACGUCGCGGCCACAAGUACAAGCACAGUAGCAUCUCACACCAGAUCUUCCUCGAGCCUCCCCCUCGCGCCCCCCUAGCCCUCCCAAACUCCCUCCCAAUGCCAACACUUAAAGAAUGCCGAGCCAGCAUGUCAAAAGACCAAAAGACCCGGUUCUGGUGGAGUGUCUGCCACAUGUUCGUUGCGGCGUACACCCUCUGGACAGCGCACGGUUCCUUAGCCAUGACAGCAUUAUCACACUUAAUCCUAUUCGAUUCACUCGGAGCCCUGUUAUGCGUUGCAGUGGAUGUGUUGGGUAAUUUCGAAGUGUGGAAGAGAUCAAGUAUCCGCCACCCAUUCGGUCUGGAACGUGCUGAAGUCCUGGCUGGGUUCGCCAUGUGCGUUCUCCUCUUGUUUAUGGGGCUGGACCUUAUCUCGCAUAAUCUGCAGCAUUUCCUUGAGAAGGCGGGCCAUGAGCCUCAUCAUUUGCAUGAGCAUGACCGUGUUUCGCUGGGUAGUGUGGAUAUCACUGCCGUGUUGGCGAUCUCUUCCACGCUUGUCUCGGCAAUUGGACUCAAGAACCAUGCUCGCAUUGGGAAGGCUAUGCGCUUUGCAUACAUUGAGUCUCUCCCGUCGGUUCUGAGCAACCCAUCUCAUUUCUUGACUCUUUCAUGCUCAACACUGCUGUUGUUGUUGCCUCUGGUCUCGAUCCGGAUCUACGAUUGGCUCGAUAAGCUUUUAUCCGGAACUAUCGCAUUUUCGAUGUGUUUCAUGGGAGUGCGCUUGGUGAAGACUCUUGGUUCUAUGCUUCUGAUGUCCUACUCCGGCCAAGGCGUCUCCGAUGUGAUCAAGGAUAUUGAAGCCGACCCAGCUGUAUUUGGCAUCGAUGACGCCCGUUUUUGGCAGGUCCAUUACGGGCUAUGCAUGGCCAAUCUCAAGUUGCGGGUUACUGGAACUGAGGAUAAUCUUGCUCGGCUGCGUGAGAAGAUCUCUAGCUUGAUUCGGAACAGACUUGGUGGUGGAUAUGGCACUGGUGGCCAGAAAUGGGAGGUUUCUUUGCAAUUCACUAUCGAGCGUGCAUGA